AUGACAGAACGAGACCCAAUAAGAGGAGAAAAAGACCCCAAUACUCAAAAAGAUAAUAAUGCUUUGUUUUACGGAACAGGAGGCACUGGUAAAUCAAUCACGGCUGAGAAAUUAGCUCACAAAGCCGACCUGUAUCCACUAGUCAUUGUUAAAGGUUUGGCUUUAACUCCCAAACUUCCUGACCAAAAGUAUGAAGCUGACCAAAUUAGCGAAAAUUCCUUUACUAAAGAAUCUACCGGACUAACUUUUCUUAAAGAAUGCAUGG